AUGUCACGUACAUCUAUCGAGCUGAACCCCCUCAGCAUGUCUCGUACAUCAAUCGAGCUCAAGGCAGUCUCACCUAUACAACCAACACUUGAAAAGGUUCAUAGUGCAACUAGAGAUACACAUUAUCGCCAUGAGAAACAGACACCGCCAAUGAGUACCAAGAGCCCCAACAAAGCGCGGUCGCAAGUAGCCGAUGCAGAAUUUAAUCUGUCCAAAUUCAGGAUGACGCUGGUCAUUAUCAAUGUAGCGUCGGUGACGUUCCUUCGAAGCGUUGUUGAAGGACUUGUGAUUAUCCAGCUGCCCACAAUCGCAGCUGAUAUCAGUUUGGAUCGGGGGCUAUUACUCUGGCCCGUAUCCAUCUAUCCCCUAACCUGUGGCUGCACCCUCCUAGUGCUUGGUUCCAUCACCGACACCGUUGGCAGCCGCCCAAUGUACCUCAUCGGCUGUGGCCUGCAAUGUGUCUUCACACUUGCGACCGGCCUCUCCCGGAACGGCGUGCAGCUUCUUCUCUUCCGCGCCUUUUCCGGUAUUGCCAUAUCCUUCAGCUUGCCGUCCGCCGUCAGCAUCGUAACUGCCAGUUUGCCCACCGGUCCGUGGCGGAACACGGCUGUUGCGGCCAUGGGAGGUGGGCAGCCGGUGGGGUUCUCGAUAGGGCUGGUUGUUGGUGGCGUAUUGGCGGGGACUGUAGGGUGGCGGUGGGGAUAUUAUAUUUUUGCCAUUCUCAAUGCCAUCAUCUUCAUCCUCGCCGUCUAUGGACAGCCUAAGUCGCGCGGAGAUGGUCCGAUUACUUGGCAGAGGAUUGUAUAUGACAUUGAUUGGGUUGGAGCGAUCAUUCCAAGCAUCGCUUUAGCAAUGCUUUCGUACGUCCUUGUCUCCGUAACAUCCAGCACCUCCAACAUUCGCACCCUGGUCAACAUCGCCCUUCUCACGGUUGGCAUCCUUCUCCUCCCACUCUUUGUUUAUUGGAUGUCCUAUCAAGAACGCCACCACCAUCCUGUCCUCAUCCCAAAUUCCCUCUGGAGCAACACAAUCUUCACCUCAAUCUGCCUAGCUGUCUUCCUGACUUGGGGCAACUUCAACGCCUUCGAAGCCAUUAUGACCUUUUUCUUUCAGGAUGUCCAACACCACUCCCCUCUGCAGACCUCGAUACGCUUCCUGCCCGAACCCAUUGCUGGUGUGCUCACGAACUUGGCUAUGGCACUCCUCGUGCAUCGUGUCAGGGCUGAUUGGCUGGUGGGCGUUUCAACGGCGCUUUCAGCCGUAAGCCCACUGCUUAUGGCGGUGUCGCAACGUACAUGGAGUUAUUGGGCCGGCCCGUUCACGGCGUUGACGUUGAAUGCGAUGGGCGCGGAUGCCUUGUUCACAGUGAGCAAUUUAGUCAUUACUGAUGUCUUUCCUGAAAGCAAACAGGCAUUGGCGGGAUCGGUAUUCCAGACUGUAAAUCUUCCCACCCCAUUCAAAUAG